GCCAGCGAACGGCUGGUGUCGACUCCGCUGCUCCACGGGCCGCUGCUGACUUCUCAGGCCAGAGAGGGGCCCAGCCCUCCGGAUCUCCUCCUGCCCAUGAGAAGAAGCACAGCAGUGAAAUGAAGGGCCAGGAGCCCGGGCCAGGCGCCCGCAGCUGGACCAGCCGCCUGCUGGGGUUUGAGUGUGCCGACCUUUCCAGCUGGCAUCGCUUUGUCUGCUUGCUGAACAGGCCCACCGACCCGGCAGCGCUGGGCGUCUUCCGCUUCCUCUUCGGGAUGUUGAUGGCUUUGGACAUCCCACAGGAGCGGGGCUUAAGCUAUCUGGACCACAGAUACCUGGAUGGGUUGCAGGUGUGUCGCUUCCCCCUUUUCAACUUCCUGGAGCCACUUCCGCUGGACUGGAUGUACCUUGUCUACACAGUCAUGUUCCUGGGUGCUUUGGGGAUCAUGCUGGGCUGCUUCUAUCGGUUCAGCUGUCUGCUCUUCGUGCUGCCUUACUGGUACAUCUUCUUCCUGGACAAAACGGCCUGGAACAACCACUCCUACCUCUAUGGCCUCCUUGGUUUCCAGCUCAUGUUCAUGAACGCAAACCGUUACUGGUCUAUUGAUGGCCUCUGGAAUCCGCGGAAGAGAAACGCUCAUGUCCCGUUGUGGAACUACACAGUGCUGCGCACCCAGAUCUUCAUUGUUUAUUUCAUUGCGGGCAUCAAGAAGCUGGAUGCAGACUGGGUGGAGGGCUACUCCAUGGGCUCCCUCGGCCGGCACUGGCUCUUCAGCCCCUUCAAGUUGGUGCUUUCAGAGGAGAUGACCAACCUACUGGUAGUGCACGGCGGGGGUCUCAUGCUGGAUCUCACCGCUGGCUUUCUGCUCUUCUUGGAUGCCACCCGCCCUGUUGCCCUUUUCUUUGUCUCUUACUUCCACUGCAUGAAUUCCCAGCUCUUCAGCAUCGGUAUGUUCUCCUACACCAUGCUGGCCACUAGCCCGCUCUUCUGCUACCCGGACUGGCCACGCCGCUUGAUUGCCCGGUUCCCCGCCUGUUCCCAAAGGCUCCUUCCCCUGUCAGAGCUGCCCCAGCCCAGCCAGGAGUGUGUGUAUGCAGAAGCAGGGCAGCAGAGGCCGGGCAGAGCGGCUCAGCGGCUGGGGCUGCGGCAGAAGCUGGGGGCCCUCUUCACGGUCUUGUAUGUGCUGGAGCAGUUCUUCCUGCCGUACUCACACUUCCUGACCCAGGGCUAUAACAACUGGACAAAUGGGCUAUAUGGCUACUCGUGGGACAUGAUGGUCCAUUCUCGCUCCCACCAACACGUGAAGAUUACUUACCGUGAUGGUCUCACUGGGGAACUUGGCUACCUGAACCCUGGGGUCUUCACUCAGAGCCGGCGCUGGAAGGACCACGCUGACAUGCUGAAGCAGUACGCCGCCUGUCUUAGCCAUCUGUUGCAUAACUACAACAUUUCAGAGCCAGAGAUCUACUUUGACAUUUGGGUCUCCAUUAAUGAUCGCUUCCAGCAAAGACUCUUUGACCCACACGUGGACAUUGUGCAGGCUGAGUGGUCCCCCUUCCACAAGACGCCAUGGCUGAAGCCUCUUCUGGUGGAUCUGUCACCGUGGCGGAUAAAGCUGCAGGAGAUUGAGGAUUCGCUGGACAACCAGACCGAGGUGGUCUUCAUUGCCGAUUUCCCAGGCCUGCACCUGGAGAACUUUGUCAGUGAGGACCUUGGGAACACCAGCCUCCACUUGCUAAAAGGAGAAGUUGCUGUGGAGAUUGUCAGUGCCCAGAAGAACCAUACGCUGCAGGAAGGAGACCGGAUACAGCUGCCACCGGGUGAAUACCACAAAGUCUUCACGGUGUCCCAGGAGCCGUCCUGCUACAUGUACGUCUACGUCAACACCACUGAAGCAGCCCUGGAGCAGAACUUCACUCGCCUUCAGGAGCUGCGGGAGAAGGUGCGGAACGGGACCGAAACAGAGCCGCUGCCCCCAGAGCUGCAGCCCAUCUUGGACGGCUCCCUGGAAAACGUCAGCCAGCUGGACCCUGUGGUGGAGGCCUUCCUCCGGCGGCAGCAGCGCAGGGAGCAGCUGCAGAAGCGGCGCAACGCCACGGUGGCCGAGCGUUUGCACCGCUUCACAGCCAAGAAGUACUUCAUCUUCCGUCGGAGCCUCCUGAUGACUGGGAUCUCUCUACGGAACUUGGUGUGGGGCCGCCCGUCCGUGGAGCAGCUGGCGCGAGAGGUGGCCUAUGCCAACAUGCAAUGUGAGGAGGAUUCUACGGCUAGCAAGCUGGGCACAGCGCCCACAGAGCAGGAGCGCGCCGAACUCUGAGCAGUCCUCACUACCUCAGCCAUUACCACCACCACCACCAGCAACGACAGAGGGGAUUUCAUAGUGGGGCCGAAAGGGGAGCAGGGAGCUCCCGCUGCAAGGGCUGGACUGUGCGGCAGCCAUCUUGGCCCAGCACCCUCUGCAGAAGGCCCUCCCUUUUCUAGACUCCCAUCCCUCAAUGGGCCACCUCCAGACUCUGGACCUGCCCCGCUGAGUGAGCCUCAGUCUCCUGCCCAGGCCAGUGCCACGCCCUGUGCCGUGUAUGUCCCCAUGUAUGCGGUGUGCACAGGGAAGGUCCUGAGGCAACGUGGGGUCAAUGCAGGGGUUGAGCCGGGAUUCCACUGGACAUGGCCGAGGGCUCUGCCGGCCUGCACAACUCCUGGGUUGAUGCAGCAAUUGCAGUACAGCAGAAGGUCGGUUUUGGGUGGGGUGGGUGGGGGGCAAUCUCAAUGGCUGCUGUGGGGUUCUGAAGGCCUCACCGCCUUCCUGCGGCUAGUGAAAAGCCGGGCCGUUUGCCCAUUCCAGAGCCAACUUGCCAGGCUGCUUCCCUGCCGUGAAAAGCCAGGAAGGGCGGGGUGGGGGA